AAUGUGCUCCCAAACAAGUCCUGCAUUCAAAAUCCCACUUAAGUGAAAGUUAGUAGUACUAGUAAGUAUUAGUAAAGUAACCUCAAAUUAAAAUAUAAAUACCGCCAAAUUGCACUCAUGCACAGCAUAGGUUAGCCUACUGCUUUACUUUCCACCACAUGACUACCAGACGCAGCUUUUUGUGGAACACACCCACCAAGUCAUUUGGUCUUAAAACAAUAUAAAAAUAAAAUGUCCUGGUGGGGAAGAGGGAGAAAGUGUGAUUACCACACCCACUUUCUUUCUCUAAGAAAAAGCUGAAAUUUGAAAGACUGAAUGAGACCAAAUGACGCAGAAUAUUUUUCUUUCUUGUAUUGCAGAAAUACGUGUUUGUCAUUAAAGCUGCAACAAGUACAAUUAUAGACUUGUAAGGAGGGAAAACUGGUUGUUGUUUUCAUAUCACUUAACACGAAGGUUUGCCAUGCUCCACUUGCUGGCGUUUCAUAAUUCCCUGCUGUACUGUACGGUCCUGUGCGCUCCUUGUGCCCCGGCGCUGCGGCCUGUCGCUUGUGGUCCAUCAGCGAGCCGCGCUCUCCCGGUCGGGGGCCGCGCUAACGAGCUCCUCCUCUUCGUUUUGGGGAUUUACCCCGGGGCGAGCUGACCACUGGACGCAGCGCGGAGGCUCCGAGGAUUACUGCCAUGCAGCCUCGACUUAACCGAGCUGACGCCAGGGGAUGUCAGAGUUAUGUGCGCUUUGAAGAAACACCGCUGGCAAGCACAGAGAAGACUAUAGUGCUCAGUUGUCCAGCGGUGCCAAUUACGCACAGAGAUGCGCUGAGCAAUUGGCGCGAUCAUCAGGAAAAAACACUACAAAAGGUAAGGAGAUACUCUUACCAGACAAAAUACAUUCGGAAUAACUUAAAAGUCUUUUCAUGUAGUUUGAUUAGAUACAGGCGAUGGGGAAUGUGCUUUAUCUGUACAUUGAAUAAAGUUUAGUUGACUGUAGUUAAGGUGUAACUAACUGUUACACUUCUUUCAUGCAGCUGUCUUAUUGAGGACCUUUAAUCUGGCUGUUACCAAUGACUGUCACCUACACAGCAAGAGUUGCAAAUGCCCGUUUCUGUGGCUUCUCCAAACUGCUUCUGGCCUGGAAAGGUAGCAUCUACAAGGUGCUAUACAAGGAGUUCCUGGCUUUCUUUGCUAUGUAUUCCGCCAUCAGCAUCACGUACAGAUUCUUCCUGUAUGAUGACCAGAAGAGGUAUUUUGAAAAACUGGCGAUUUACUGCAACCACUAUGCCAGUCUUAUCCCUAUGUCCUUUGUACUGGGUUUCUAUGUGACCCUGGUGGUGAACCGGUGGUGGAGCCAGUACACCAGCAUCCCACUGCCUGACAGGCUCAUGUGCGUCCUGUCGGGGGGCCUCCAGGGGAGCGAUGAGCGAGGCCGCCUGCUGAGACGAACCAUGAUGCGCUACGCCAGUCUGUCAGCCCUGCUCAUCCUCCGCUCCGUCAGCACUGCCGUAUUCAAACGUUUCCCCACCAUGGACCAUGUGGUGGAGGCUGGAUUCAUGUCAAGAGAGGAACGGAAGAAGUUCGAGGGUCUCCACUCUCCUUAUAACAAAUACUGGAUCCCCUGUGUUUGGUUCACCAACCUGGCAGCUGUGGCCCGCUGUGAGGGCAGGAUCAAAGACGAUCACACACUCAAACUACUGCUGGAGGAGCUGAAUGCAUUCAGAGGGAAGUGCAGCAUGCUGUUUCAUUAUGACAUGAUCAGCGUUCCCCUAGUCUACACUCAGGUGGUGACUUUGGCAGUUUACAGUUUCUUCCUGGUCUGUCUCAUUGGUCGCCAGUUCCUAGACCCCACUCAAGGCUAUCCGGGUCAUGACCUCGACCUCUACGUGCCCAUCUUCACCCUGCUACAAUUCUUCUUUUAUGCUGGGUGGCUCAAGGUUGCAGAGCAGCUGAUCAAUCCUUUUGGAGAAGAUGAUGAUGACUUUGAGACCAACUGGCUGAUAGACAGAAAUUUCCAGGUAUCCAUGAUGGCGGUGGACGAGAUGUAUGGAGACCUGCCGAUGAUGGAGAGAGAUCGAUACUGGAACGACUCCAACCCCAGACCCCCCUACACUGCAGCCACUCUUUUUGUCCUCCGCAAGCCCUCCUUCCAGGGGUCCACUUUUGACAUGGCGAUCCCUAAAGAGGAGAUGCACUUCCAGCCUCUGGAGGACAUCGCUGAGAACCUGGAGGAGUCAGGCAGUCGUCACCCCAACAUGGCCCUCUUCAACCGCCUGCUCAAUGCGGCCCCCUCCCCCACUGGCUUCAUGGGAGGGGCUCUUCGCCGCACCUCAGCACAACUCCAGAGACUACGCCACUCCCCCAGCAUUGACCAAUGCACCAGCGAUGAUGAAGACAAUGAAAGUUGUAAAAUAGGCAAAGGUGCGUCUCUGCCAUCGGGGCUCGGGCAGGAAACCCAGAGCACUGUGUGCAGUUUCAGGGAGGAUAAGAGCACCAGAACGCCUCUGCUGGAGAUUCAGUUUGGAGUGGAGCAGGAGAGGCAAGGGGGUGCUGUCAGUGACCAGAAGGAAGUGAGUGGACUGGAGAGAAAGAGUGACGUAGAGUGGCAAAUGAGGGAGGACAGAUGGAAUACUGAGAGUGCAAGAGAGGAGACUCAAGGUGUGGCGCUCCUUCCUCCCCCUCCCCAGUCCUCAAGAGAGACAUCUACACAACCAGCCUCUGCCAUCACCUCCCGUCACCCCUCUGCUUUCCUGCUUCACCCGGCUGCCCACUCCACUCUGGAGCACUGCAGUUCCCAGCCAGCUAUCAACCAAAACAGAGCUGUACCUGCCAUUCUCAAACCUCCCUUUGGUGGAAGCAAAAUGUCCUUCCUCACCGUACCUUCUUACAAUGAACCUCAGCGUUUUCGCAGUGUGAGCAUGGGAUCAGAGCUCACUGGAUCUUAGGUGGACAAUAGGUUGCAAUCUUCACUUGAACUUCUGUCUAUAUGAAACCAUAAUGCUUGAUUCAGUGCUUGUUUUCACUAGUGAAAUUAGUCAUAGAUAUGGAACUGUGGCUCCGCUUUUGCUAUGAAUCUGCAGCACUUAUGGAGCAAAAGAGUGAUCAGUUUUUAAGAAUUAAAAGAUUGUUAGGGAGGUACUGUCACAUGUUGUUAAAGAAAGCAAUAAAUCCCCGUAUUUACAAAAACUGAAAAAACACCAAUCUUAAAAUUAAAAAAAAAUAACACCAGUUUGAUUGGUACUCCCCAGAGUUCACCAAAAAAACCCAUGUGUAUGUAAAUGAACCUUGUCUGACCUCAGUGAUGAUGUUCAAAGUGAAAUGAAAUUCAAGUGUGAACAGUACCUAAUUUCUUGGAUUUGGGAGGAAAGUUUGGGUCUAUUUGAAGGCAGUAUUAGUAACUUUGAAGGUGUGCUCUGACGUAUUGAGUGAAUGAGAAGAAAGAUAUCUUUUUCAUCUUUCAUGUUUGUGCUACACUAGGCUAAAUGAGUUUCAUUAUAUGUUUAGCCUAGCUUAGCACAGAGACUGGAGACAAGGGGUUGGAUUGGCCGCCAAGAAAAGAGGUGUGUGUUUAAAGAAAAAUGUACUUCUCUUUUUUCAGUUAUCUGUGCAUUAUAUUUGUACAACAUAUAUUGCCUGUUACUACUAAGUCUUUUCUGUCUGACAGAAAAUGGUGCUAAAUUAAGACAAAUGGGUGACCGUUUUCUUUGCUACUUUAUUUUCUUUAUUACUUUAUUAGUCAAAUAUCCCUGUAAAUAGAAUAAUUUCUAAUGCA